UUCUUGUCGUAUCUGCUUGUCGUAUCUGCUAUCAAUGCCCCAAACCCCAGGACCCACAGCUCCCGACUCUCCUCGAUCUUCUCAGUCCCCUCCUCCUUCUGGGGCGCAAGGAGAUCUCGAACUUGAGCUCUCUGCCCUUGCCAACGCAUUAUAUAAUCUCGGGACGACCGUGAUCAACGACUCUACCAAGGAUCGCGACAAGCCGAACGGGGGAAAACAAGUCGGGAUGCGUGUGAAUGACGUUGUCACCCACCUGAAUAGCAUAGAUUCAAUCUCCCGCGAUCUUCGUACCAUGAUACCGAUGCAGAUUCUCGCAGACAUCGACAAUGCUCGGAACCCCAUGCAGCUUACGCGCGAACGCCUCGAGCGGGCGGCCACCGAGAACCAAUUCAUGAACGGAAAGAUAGCUGCCAUCGGAUCGUACCGAAACUACCUCAACGAUGCUCUCGUUCAGAGCUUUCCGGACCUGGAAGACGCGUUGCAGCUUAGCAGUUCAGAGAAAGCCUCCACCGGCAGUGGUGCUUGAAAUCGCAUUGUCUCUCAGUUAUAACAUAGCUACCGCACAAUUCCAGCCUGAACUUCCACUUGGGACGCGGCGACCUCUCCGAUUCGUGCUCCUUGGCUGCCUCGUCGGCCGUUCAUCUUCCUCAUUAACCUCUUCUAAUCGAGUCAACGGCGUUCCCGGUGUUCCACGCAGUUGGGAUUCUUUAUUGGCUCGCCUCGGGAAAGGGCUCGUCGGGGGUGUUGUCGCAAUGGACGUUCUCCCUUUAGGCAGCGUAUGUUCGACUGGGCCUCUCUUCCGUCGCAAUCCAACGAGAAGUUCGAUUUCGUGCCGAAUCUCUCUAUCACUGCGAUCUUUCGGUGUGAGAAUCUGCGAUAUGGCUGGGAGUUCCGCGUUGAGAGCGUUAGCGACUUGAUCGAGGGCGGUUCGAUGCAUGUUGACCAGAUCUUGGUGACAGCCAAAUGGCGGAGUCGCCAACAGGGUGAUUACCACAGCUUCCUCGUUCUCGUCCUCAGUCUGGAUAGCAAAGCAUGUUGUCCUAUGCUCCAUCUUUCUGACGUCGGGCAUUGCGGAUCGGGCGAAUGGUUGGGUCCGGCAUCAUCGAUCAGAGAGGGGAGCAAGGAUGGAUGGAUGGAUGGAUUCACUGCAUAGGAGUAUCGGUUGUCUCAAGUAUCUACGGGUGGAAUGGGCGUACAUCAUAAAGGACACGUCAAAAUCUAAUCUGUUCCGCCAUUGUGCAUGUUUA